AUGUCCAGGCAAAUGAAUAUUCGUAUAGCUGUUAAAUUUGCAAUUGGCAUCAGUAUCAGUGUGAUAACAGUAUCACUGAUAGUAGUUGGUGUGAUUUUCAAUGAUAUAAAUAAUUUAUACGAUGAUAUUAUCGGCGAAAUGAAAGAAUUUAAUGCAUUAGUGGAUGAUGCAUGGACGAAAAUUGUACAAUUUCAUUCCCAAUCAACCGGAAAAACUUUUUUCAUCCGUAGUAUCAGUAAUAGUUUUCAGACAAGAAUGAAACAACAAUUUAACAAAUGCUGCUCUAAUGGGCCAAAGAACUGUCCAAAAGGUCCACCAGGUCCAAUGGGAGAUAAAGGAGAAAAUGGUUUGGAUGGAGAGCCUGGAAAUGAUGGUUCUCAGGGAGUAGCCGGUGUAGCGCUUCUUGCCAUGUAUAAUAUUCCGGAUGGCUGUAUCAUUUGUCCUCCUGGAUCUCCUGGAUUACCAGGACCCAAUGGACUCAUGGGCGAUCAAGGACCAAACGGACAGAACGGACCGGUGGGAAAACCAGGAAAGUCCGGACCGAGAGGAGCACGUGGACCACCCGGUAAUAUAGGAGAACCAGGAAUUAAUGGACCUCCAGGUAAACCUGGAAUGAAUGGAUGUGAUGGGAAAAAGAGCAUCAGGAUAGCAGGUGCAAAAGGACAAAUUGGUAAACCUGGUCCAAUUGGACAGCCAGGAAUAAAAGGGAAACGUGGAAUGGAUGGUGUACCUGGAGAACCAGGUGAAACUGGUCGACCUGGUAAUGAUGGUAAACCUGGGAAAAAUGGACGUUCAGGACAGGUAGGUGCACCAGGUAUUCCAGGACCAGAUGUAUACUAUUGCUCUUGUCCAAAAGUUCCAUACAAAAUAAAUCGAAAAUAA